CCUAACCCAACCCAACCCAACCCAACCCAACCCAACGUAACCAGUGACCAAGGAUACCGAAGAUGGUCCAGACAAACAGAAAACAGGGACUAUAAAACUCCACUUAGAACAGACAACAGAAUCCACAGCGCCACCAAAUGUUGACAACUUUUAAGAUUAUAUUGUUAUGAGUCUGUUGGCUGUCAGCAUCACGUCUUGCCGGUAGAGGUGUGUUUUCCAAAUUAACUUGUACAUCAGAAAACUACAUAGAACAAGAAGGAAGUGAGUGAGAUUAAUGGUGUAGCUACACACGUUUCCUCUGGUAACACUCGAGAAGGAGCCAAGUGCACUAUAGUACAUGCAACAUGGAGAACGUUCACAAUGUAAAGAACUGCCCAUGGAUAAUGGAAAACCCAACAAAUUUGAGAAAAUACUUUGAUGAAUACCACAUUCUCCUGGAUGAUACGCUUGGUCGUCAACAUGAUGAGAAGGCUGACCACUUUACUGCGAUUCGCAACUGUUUUACUCCACCGUGCGCUAAGGGGGAGGAGAAACCAAGCUUUGACCUAUUUAACAUGGAGAAGUUAGAGGAGGACUGUAGUAUAGAUUUACUGAAUGUUGAUGAUGAACUGGCGACAGAUGUUGCAGCUAAUGCUCCUGUUAAACACUGUGGCCGCUUCACCAAUUGGUAUGCUGGCUCUUUCCAAGAUGGGCUCAUACCAGAAGAAGGACCAGAGAUUCUUGAAACACUCAAGUCACAGAUGCACGAGUUACAUCUUCGUGAUACUGUCAGAGAUUAUGCUCGUCUACGCAACCGACAAUUGAAAUACUUCUCAACAGUCCGAAUGAUUAUGAGUGAAAACAACAUCCCAGAGCCAACCCAUCCUGCUAACAACGGCACUGACGAGUGCCUCAGGGACAUUGUAUUAAAUAUUCGUGUCCAAAGACCAUAUCACAGGAAGACACACAUGAGGAAAGCAUGCAACCGAUUCCCCUCACACAGCCAAGAGCUGCUGUUGCUUGGCUCACAGAAAUUGACUGAAUUAAGGGAUGCCAUCAUUUGCAUCAAUGAUCUUGCUAUCAACCAAGAGUUAUCUAAUGAUCCCGAGCUUUACCGGGUGGCACACAUACCCAACAACCAUACACUAUUUCCAUCAUGCUUUUUCUACAUCAAUGGAGUCUUUUAUGAGGACACAAGGAAUCCAAAUGCAAAACAAUACAGUAAAGGAAUUAUAAAAUGGGCUUCCAAACACCCUGACAUUGGUGAACUACAGACAAAAUGUAUGCAGGAAACAACAUUUUUGGAUCUGGAAUUACGUUUAGGUUAUCCAUAUGUAUAUUUACAUCUGGGGAACUGUGAGCACAUUAUUACCUUCACUGAUGUAAGGUUGCAUCACCAAGAUGACAUACAAGGCAGGACACGAUAUCCCCUAUUCCGUGGCCAAGCAUCAAAACUGUCGGUCAAGUGUUUCAUAUGCUCCCUGCACUUGGCAAACUGGAUUGUGAGGGAGGAGCCCCGGCUGCCAGUACCAAAUGCUCACUUGUGUGAUCGAUGCCUCAAGGCUUUCUGUUAUGACAAUAGAGGAAUCAAGAUCAAUAACAUCAAAAUCUACCCAUUCAUUGAUGAGUUUAUGUCACAACAGAAAAAGUUUUUGGGACACACUCAAAUUUCAGUUCACAAACCAAAAUAAGCUGCUUAAGUUUCUGAUGUACAGUAUUGUAUGUAUAGUCAUGAACAAAAGUCCCUUGAUAUAAAUAUGAAACACUUAUGGUCUGGUGCGUUUUGAUAUAUAAAUAUGGCGCUUCUUGCAGAGAGUUCAACAACAUGGCGCCUAGUUUAGUUGCCAGGAGUCUCCUAACAGGUGAAGCUGAUCACACCUGGCAACUUUAUACACAUAUACAAUCACAAAUAUGACAACAAACUUAAAUUAUAAUUAAACAUCACAUUAUGGGACUGUAUAAAAUAGUAUUUGGUUACUAUACUGUACCCCCUUAUGAAGUUGUUCCAUUAAGAGAGCUCAGGCUCUCAAUUGGCUCAGCCACGUCAAUAUUGUUAUUAUUAUCGACUGUAUCUGUAUUUUUCUGGAUAAAUAAACUGCUUCAAUAUCAAUAUCAAGUUAUAGAGCAGUGGUGCUCAACCUUUUAUGCAAGUGGGCCAAACUUAAUGUUUAGCAGUGGUCUUAGAGCCACAUAACUGUAUGAAUGAUGUGAUGUGAAGCAAAUGAACCACAGUGUAUAUAUUUCUUAGAAUUUGUUCUUUUAUAUAUAAUUACUAAGUACAUAUAUACUUCAGGCUUACUAAAAUCUCGACAACUGAGCAAAAUUUAAAUAGUAUUAGAGCACUUUAUUUUUUUUUCUUUAACAUGUUUCUAUAAUAAUAUCAUAUCACUUAUACCGCAGCUUAGAUUACUUAAUUGAGAUGUGAAUAAACUAUUGGGCUCCAAAUGUCUAGUCGAUUACUAGAUGGUAUCACUGUAGGGCAUGUGUGUGUAUGACCCCCAGGAGGUCAGGACUGUAGGGCAUGUGUGUGUGUGUGUUCUCCAGGGGGUCAGGGUUGUAAGGCAUGUGUGUGUCCCCCAGGAGGGGAACCCUAUGGUGUGUAAGAACAUAAAACUCUCCAGCAGUAGGUAUAGAAGCAUAUUAAAGUAGAAGUGGUUGUAGCAGGAAGAAAAUAAGAGGAAAUUUUUGUUAAAGAAACAGUUAGAAUCAAAGAAAACAGUGUGGGGAAAUAGCUAAAAAAAUCAAGGCAGAGCAGAGAGGCCUUCCUGCAACAAAAACAGAAGCGUUUACUCCCUCCAAAAAAAUUACCUGAUGCAAUAAAAAAAAAACUAAUUAGUGAA